AUGCGGCGCGAUGUCAACUACUUCUGUAGUCUCGAUGUCGUGACCGAUCGCCGUGAGCAGGUCCUGGACGCCGCGAUCGAGGUCGUGGGCGGGCGGGGCCUGCGCGCCUUGACCCACCGCGCCGUCGACGCCGAGGCCGGCCUCGGCGCGGGGUCGACGUCCAACCUCUUCCGCCGUCGUCACGACCUCGUCGCGGGGAUGCUCGGGCGCCUGCUCGAGCGGGAAUCGGCGGCGUGGACGAGCACGCACGCUCGCGAUGUUGCGCGGCGACGAGGCCGACGGGGCCGCCGGCUUCGCGUGGAUCGGGCUGCUGCGGCCCGACGACGCCGAGAUGAGCCACGUGGCGCGCGAGUUCGGGCUGCCCGCCCUCGCGGUCGAGGACGCGGUGCACGCCCACCAGCGUCCGAAGAUCGAGUCCUACGACGACGUCGAGUUCGUCGUGCUCCGCCCCGCCUGGUACGUCGACGAGGAGGAGGACGUCGCCGUCGGCGAGAUCCACCUGUUCCUCGGGGCCGACUUCGUGGUGGCCGUGCGCCACGCCGACACGCCACCGCUGUCCGCCGUGCGCCGGCGUCUCGAGGAGGAGCCCGAGCUGCUCGGGCACGGACCGCGCGCAGUCCUCUACGCCGUCCUCGACCGCAUCGUCGACGACUACCGGCCGGUGCUCGCGGGCCUGCGCGAGGACAUCGACCAGAUCGAGACCCAGGUCUUCGGUGGCGACCCCAGCGUCUCGCAGCGCAUCUACCAGCUCUCGCGCGAGGUCAUCGAGUUCCAGCGUGCCUCCGAUCCGCUGCGGGGCAUGCUCGACACGCUGCUGCGCCACACCGACGACGACGAGCGGGUCGACCUGCACCGCAGGCUGCGCGACGUCGCCGACCACGUCGCCCAGGUCACCGAGCAGGCCGACGGCUUCCGCCAGCUCCUCGAACGGCUGCUCACGGUCAACGCCUCGCUGAUCGGCCAGCGCCAGAACGACGAGAUGCAACGGCUCUCCGAGACCAGCCUCGCCCAGGGCGAGGAGGUCAAGAAGAUCUCCUCGUGGGCGGCCAUCAUCUUCGCCCCGCAGCUCGUCGCCGCGAUCUACGGCAUGAACUUCGAGCACAUGCCCGAGCUGGCGUGGACCGCGGGCUAUCCGUUCGCGCUCGUGCUGAUGCUGGUCGUCGCGGUGGUGCUCUACGGGAUCUUCCGCUGGAGGGACUGGCUGUGAGCACCGAGACCGACGAGCAGCGGGCGCGCCUGGCCGGGUCGUUCGGCGGGGCGGCCGCCGACUACGACCGGCUGCGCCCGACCGCGACGCCCGCGGCGCUCGACCGGCUGCUCGCGACGACCCCGGCCGACGGCACCGUCCUCGACCUCGCCGCCGGCACGGGCCUGCUCACCCGGCUGGUGCGCGAGCGCGGGUUCGACGUCGUCGCCGUCGAGCCCGACGACCGGAUGCGGGCCGUGCUCGCGGAGGCGACGCCCGGGGCCGACGUCCGCGCGGGGACGGCCGAGGCGAUCCCGCUGGCCGACGCGUCGGUCGACACGGUGCUGGCGGCCUCGGCGUGGCACUGGUUCGACGCCGAGAAGGCCGUCGUCGAGAUCGGGAGGGUGCUGCGCCCGGGCGGGGUGCUGGGGCUGUUGUGGAGCUAUCCCGAGCCGGACGUCGACUGGGUCCGGGCCCUGCGGACCAUCGCCCACCCCGACCGCAUGUGGCCGGGCCUCGACCGCGCGCACCGGCCGUUCGCCCUCCCGGCCGGCGCCCCCUUCGGCCCCGGCGAGCGGGAGACGUUCCCGCGGACCGGGUCGAUGAGCCGCGACGACCUCGCCGACAUGGUCCUGACCUACAGCCGGGUGCUCACGCUGCCCGCCGACGAGCGCGCCCAGGUCCGGGCCCGCGCCCGGGCCUUCCUCGACGAGCGCCCGGAGCUCGGCGACGACGACCCGGUGGCGGUGCCGUUCACGACGUUGGUCUGGAGCGCCGUCCGGGACUGA